GCUAACUGAUACAAUAUGGCAUCUACACAGAAGGGCACAGUCUUUCAGAUACUCAAGACAAAUAAAUCUGGGUCCAAGGUAGCACACAGAGAGCCUGAGUUUGCUAGCCCUACCUCCCAGCGGGGACACAGGUACGUUUUUACCACAAGUCAGCGAAAUGCUGCCAGGUCUCAGAGCCCUUCUUCCCUCCAAAGAGUCGAAGCUGCACUUCCCACCGCUCCCCACUCAGCAUCAUACUCUCUUCACACUCUGUCCCCUCCGUCAGGGACCAGCCUCUAUGCACCAUCCACCCCUCGAGGAACUGAGACUCGAUCACAUGGUCCCUCUCAGCAAAAGAGCCAGCAAAGUCAGACAACACCUGCCCAUCCUGUAAGCAUAUGUCGGAAUGUCAAAGAGGGAGCAACUAGAAGAGGGGGUAAGAUCAAGUCAGGGUGUGAGGUUGGCUGUUGCACCUCAUUGACCUCAGAUGCCAGAUCCUCCCGCCGCUUGAGUUUCAUAGAUGAGAAAGAUAAUGUAAAAUCACAAAACUAUCAAGAAGAAGACCCACCUUCCAAGGUCCAGAACCCCCAAGGGGUCAGAGUUCCUCGCAGGAUUUCAGCUAAUCCAAAGGAUGAAGCAGUACAAACCGAGCCCAUUGGAAAGAUUUUGACUGGUGAGGCCAGAUCUCCAAGGAGUCCCACUAGCCCAGAGUAUGGCAGCAGCCCGCUCCCUACAGCCUACCAAGCAGUUUAUAGAAGGAGUCCUGCCCAAGAGUCACAAAUGGAUCCUCACUCCUCAGUUCUUUCAGAACCUAAGGCGUUGCAUAGGAAUAUGAAAUUGUCAUCAUCCCUUAAACUCUCUGUCCUUAAAGAUUUAGAUGGUGGACAUCAAGUUCCUCCUGCACAUUCAGAACCUGAGUAUCUCUACAAAAAUUCUGUCUACACUGAGACCAGGCCCUCAAAGGUCUUAAUAUCACCAGAUGUGGAGACCUGCGUGAAAUCCUCAAUCCGAGACAACAAAGUCAGCCACAGGGUCACCAAGCCCUCAGGAGGACAGUCAGUGCAGUCAACUCUUCGUGCUACAGCUCGAGUAGUGUCUGAAAGCCCACGAAAAUCUCACCUAUAUGCCAUGCCAGUGUCCACUCAUAAGCAGCAAACCCAAAGACCUGCAGAAACGAACUACAUGUCCCCUGGACCUGCAAUCAGGUAUCCAGAACCCUUGCAAAAGCCCUCCACUCAUGCAGAACUGGAACUGACUCCUCGGCCUUUACCUCCUCGAUCCUUACCUAAGUAUGGUCCUGACUCCUCAUGGUGGGCCUUACUGAAUCCUCAAGUUGAAAUGCCCCAAAGCCGGCCGACAACACCUGAUUUUGAGCCUAAGUCCCCUCCUCCCAUAGACACAUUAAGAUCACUUUAUGAAAUGGACUCAAUUCCUUUCUGUGAGGACCUGAUAUUCCAGAGACAGAAGGCAAGCCCACCACUACCAUCAUCACUGAAGGUGUCUUCAAGCCAGUCACCAUUGACAGAAUUGCCACAGGACUUCAAGCACACCUGCAAACAACUCAAUCAAAGGUUUAAUGCUUUCUUCCUGGAUGUCUCUGAGGAAAUGCAAAAUCGAAUCAUCUGGUGGCUAAAAGAUGAGGAGAUCAAGCCUUUUCUAGAGGACAGCACCGAUGAUCCAGAACUGAGCAAGUUCAUGAAGGAUUUUCCAGGAAGUGAAAGCUGCCACCCACCGGAGGCCAAGACCAGGAUGUCCAGGCCCCAAAUCCCGGAGUCAAGGCCCCAGGCCCCUGACCUCUAUGAAGAUGACCUGGCACUCAGACCCCCCUCAUGGCCCCAGGCCUCUGACAGCCAGCAGUACUUCUGCACCCCCACCCCUCUCAGCCCCUCUACCCGGCCCCGCAGCCCAUGGGGCAAGCUCGAUCCCUAUGAUUCCUCUGAGGAUGACAAGGAGUAUGUGGGCUUUGCGACCCUCCCCAACCAAGUGCACCGAAAGUCUGUGAAGAAAGGCUUUGACUUUACCCUCAUGGUAGCAGGAGAGUCUGGCCUGGGUAAAUCCACUCUUGUGAAUAGCCUCUUCCUCACUGAUCUAUACCGAGACCGGAAACUCCUGAAUGCUGAAGAGCGGAUCAUGCAAACUGUGGAGAUCACUAAACAUGCAGUGGAUAUAGAAGAAAAAGGUGUAAGGCUGCGGCUCACCAUUGUGGACACACCAGGUUUUGGGGAUGCACUCAACAACACAGAGUGCUGGAAGCCUGUGGCAGAAUACAUCGACCAGCAGUUUGAGCAGUAUUUCCGAGAUGAGAGUGGCCUCAACCGCAAGAACAUCCAAGACAACAGGGUGCACUGCUGCCUGUACUUCAUCUCACCCUUUGGCCACGGGCUCCGGCCAUUGGAUGUUGAAUUCAUGAAGGCCCUGCAUCAGCGGGUCAACAUUGUGCCUAUCUUGGCUAAGGCGGACACACUGACACGUCCUGAAGUGGACCUCAAGAAACGCAAAAUACGAGAGGAUAUUGAGCACUUUGGAAUCAAGAUCUAUCAGUUCCCAGAUUGUGACUCUGAUGAGGAUGAGGACUUCAAAUUACAGGACCAAGCCCUAAAGGAAAGCAUCCCAUUUGCAGUAAUUGGCAGCAACACUGUGGUAGAGGCCAGAGGGCGGCGAGUUCGGGGCCGAAUUUACCCUUGGGGCAUCGUAGAAGUGGAAAACCCAGGGCACUGUGACUUUGUGAAGCUGAGGACAAUGCUGGUGCGUACCCACAUGCAGGACCUUAAGGAUGUGACGCGGGAGACACAUUAUGAGAACUACCGGGCACAGUGCAUCCAGAGCAUGACCCGCCUGGUGGUGAAGGAACGGAAUCGCAACAAACUGACUCGAGAGAGUGGUACUGACUUCCCCAUACCUGCUGUCCCACCAGGGACAGAUCCAGAAACUGAGAAGCUAAUUCGAGAGAAAGAUGAGGAGCUGCGGCGGAUGCAGGAGAUGCUACAGAAAAUGGAAAGACAGAUGAAGACACAUUAACUGGCUUUCAGUCCUGGAUAUUUAAAUCUUCUUCCUGUCCAUGUCAGCCCCUUUCUGCACCAGCUCUGCUCAGGCCCCUGCAGCUACUGCCACUUCGCCUUACAUCCCUGCUGAAUCCCCAGAGACUCAGAGGAAAUAAAGUUUAAUAAAUCUAUAGGCGAC